UUCAUUUGUCGUCUGUGCUUAGAGACUUCAUUUGACGUUUGUGGUUUAGUUAUAUUAUUCUGUUGGCUUACAAUCUACCAAAGACUCAAAGAGUAAAUUAUUAAAUCAGUCUUCAGUCUACUCUAACCUACAAAAAGUCAGGUAAUUAAAGUAUGGACUCAAUGCCAAGCAGUGAUCUGGACGACAGCAGCGAUGAGAGCAGUAUGCAUGACAACCACAACCCGGGCUUGCCUCCAGAAAAGUGCCCGAUAUGUCUUGGGCCAUUAAGAGCCAAAGCUUUCACAGACACCUGCCGUCACGAGUUUUGUUUUGUAUGUCUAUUAACUUGGACUAAGGUCAAAUCAGUGUGUCCUCUGUGCAAACAGAAUUUUGGGUCAAUUAUUCACAGCAUCCAAUCCAAUGAUGAGUGUGAAGAGUAUUCUGUGGAGACGCGGCAUGUAGAGGAACUGUCCGAGUGGAUCGAUAUUCACAGCGUUAUUACAACUGCAAGGCUUAGAUACAGAAAUAUGCUGAUUCGCGUGCCAUCUACAGUAUCCAGACACUCCACCGCCGGCCCGACGCGCAGCCCCUCUCGCGCGUCUGUUUCGGAUUACCAGGAGACCACCACCCAACCGCCCACUGACAGUGUCGCAUUCAACUCUUUGAUAUCGCUAACACAGUGCAAUUCCUCCGAAGCUACGGUGUCAGACGAGCUCUCGAGUCAAGACGCGCGCGCUGCGUCCGACCCCGACAGCGAAAGUGACGGGCCGGCGACGGAGCCCGAGGGAACGCCAAAGUGCCCCUGAGCGGAGCGUGCGAUGUACACGGUUGGGCCGCGACAGUAAGGCCUAUUAGUUCGGACUACGUAUUUUAGUCGAGUACAAACGAUUUUUGGGCGAUAAAUCCAAAAAUUGUUCCUACUCGACUAAAAUACUAUUUUUUUUUUCGUGUUGAGUAAGAUGGCUCCAUGUGGGACCACUACGGCGUCAGCGGGGAGUUUGGGCGAGCGCAGAAGAAGUUAAGGGCAUCUUCUAUGAGACUCGGACCUCGGCUUAGAGAACUUUACUUAGACUUAUUCGGAAGGUAUAACUGUGACCUAAGUGGAUCAGUCCGGACGCCCCCGAGAUCGUGAGUUAGAAGCUUGUGAUUGUGUUGCCCGGGAAGCAUUGUCGGCUGUCAUGUCAUCGUCUGGAUCGUAAUAGUCUAGUCAACAAGUGCCUUAUUGGUAAAAAUUUUUAACAGUCUCGGAAAAAUAUGGUUGAGGGCUCAUUCGAUUCGGGAUCGCAUCUAGAAAGUUUUUGAAAAAGUUUAAGACCCGCUCGAAAAAAUUGCAAAAGUUUUUAACAAAUUAGUAAACAAAAAAAAGGGUUUUAGUUUUUUGGGUAUAUCUCGCAAACUAUUUGAGAUAUUUAAAUUUUGAAAAAAGAGAUUUUGAAGAAAAUUAAAUAUUGAAAUAAAUUAUCUUAUAAAUAAUCUAUUUGUUUAUAACAAUUUUAUAAACAAAAAGAGAUAAAAUUUAUAAAAAAAAAUUUUUAGGUAGCUUUUAUCAAUAGAAAAACGAAUGAUUAUCGAUAUUGAAAAACAAAAAAAAUUGUAACAUUUAUUUAAAUAUUUAAUUUUCCGCCUGGGUAAUUUGUUAAUAACAAAAGCGAAAAUUAUCAAUUUUUUAAUUUACUCGACGGAAAUCCUUUCUUUAAUCUUUGAAGAAUAAAAAAUUUGAGAUUUCCGGUUUAACAAUUACGCAACUUGCAAUGUUAAUAGCCCAGUCGGAAAAAAUUGUUAAUUAAUUAUUGGAUAACUUUUUAUAAAGUCGCGAUAAUUUUUUUUCUACGCCAUUUCAUUCUUUCAUUUGUUCUGUAUAUGUCUGAUUUUUUUCAAAUUUUAAUAUGUUUAAAUAAUAUUUUUCAUUAAAGCGCUCCAAGGGGGCGUGGCUUGCGGAAACGCGAGUACCCGUUUUCGGGCGUAUUUUCAGCUCCCUGUAAAAAUUUUUAAUAUUGGUCCUACAAUUUCGGGAGUCGGAUUUUUUUAGUUGUUUUAGUUGGAAAUUUCCUCCUCUUUUUGAAUCUUUUUUCAAAAUUUAAAUAACUCAAAUAGUUUUCGAGAUAUACCCAAAAAACUAAAACCUUUUUUUUGUUUACUAAUUUGUUAAUAACUUUUAAAAUUUUUUCGAGCGUGUCUUGAAAUUUUUUAAAACUUUCUAGAUGCGAUCCCGAAUCGAAUGAGCCCUCAACCAUAUUUUUCCGAGACUGUUAAAAAGUUUUGACCAAUAAGCCACUUGUUGACUAGACUAUAAAGGACGUUUUUGGGACGCCUCUGCUUGAAGUUAGCGUUAAGGUUGGGAGUGUAGUUGCAGACCUCAACCACUAGUUGGUUGGGAUGGAUGGCAGCUCUGAAAGUAAAUCUUAGUCUCUAUGGAGGUCGUUAUUGCGUACAAACCACGGUGCGCCCGUGAUUUGUCGCAGAAACCGGUUUUGCCGAUGUUUGAAGCCGCCUAAGAGUCGUUUUGGGACGGUAGGCAAACACUACACUAGCGUAGGUUAAGAUCGGACGGCUAAAAUACUAAAGUAGUCUGUACGGCCUAUUAGAGACAAUUCAAUAUUUAUAUGGCCAUUUAUGUGCUACUAGCGGAUGCCCGUGACUUCGUCCGUGUGAAUCUUAUUUAUCAUAUAUUUUGUUUGAAGUUGUUAUUUGUAAGACAGCAAGUGUCUAAAAGUCAUUAAUAUUUUCUUACUGUGAUCAAGAUUGUAUUUAGUAUUUUGUUUUUUGAGAUUGUUUUUAGUAAAUGUAAAUAAGUUACUAAUAUUUUCUUACUGUGAUCAAAAUUGCAUUUAGUAUUUUGUUUUUUGAGAUUGUUUUUAGUAAAUGUAAAUAAAUUACUAAUAUUUUCUUACUGUGAUUAAAGAUUGUAUUUAGUAUUUUGUUUUUGGAGAAUGAUUUUAGUAAGACAGAAAGUGUCUAAUAAGUAUAAUAAUAUAUAACAUAGCCAAUAAUUUUAAUUGGGCUUAGUUUUAUCAUAAUAUUAUAAGAUAAUGGCGAUAAAAAUUACUCGAAAACAUAAAAUUAAAGUUACAUAUAAGUAAUAAUGUAUGACCUGCCCAAAAAAGAAACCUCGUUUUCAGUUUUAGAAAAAAAAAUAGAAACUAAAAUAUAAUAUAUAUAAUAAAUAGAUUUCAAUAACUUGUGGCGCUCCAAUCCAGGGUUUAUUAUAUUUCGUCAGGCUUUUAUUACUUACAUAAAAACGACUGAAACUGUUUGAAAAAUUGAUCUAUUUACUUAAUUUUAUAAUUUGAUAAUCAUCAAAUAGACGACUGAUUAGUGUUACAUAAUUACUAGAUUAGAUAAUGAUAUUUGAUUUUGUUGUCUACAACUAAUUGACUUUUUUUUAAAGUUGCAGGGUUAUUAUAACAUAAACUGAACUUACUAGUAAGAUUAUGUCUAGAGUAAGAUAUAUUGAGAUAUACAGUGUAAACUCCAUUUAAAGUCACUCGAUUAAACUCGCUAAACUUUCUAUGAUUAAUUAUUGUAUUAGUUAGCCAAGACAAGGCAAUUCGAUAUUCGGUGUCUUAAAUCACCUUCUUGAAAUUUUGAAAUACCCCCGUAGGUCAUAUAAUUAACUAAAAUAAUGACUAUUAUGCCAAAAAUUCUUACCACCAUGACAGAAAAGUUUAAAUGAUGGUGCAGUAAGUGACCUGGAUCAAAGAAUAUUAUUUACUUACUGGAUUUCUGGCUUUGAAACCAGUUAUUACAGAAUCCACGUAAAUUGUUCUCCGUUUUGUGGAUAGAUAAUCGUCUAUUACCUUUUGUCUACGCAUCCAUAACUUGCCCUUUUGUUCUGCCGUCUGCCGUCUAGUUUCAUAAUAUUUGUAAAUUAUUAUUUUUAUACCUCAAAGGGUUUUCCGAAGGAUAUUUUUUGAUAUAAAAAACUUUAAAAUGUUACCUGUUUAGCUCUAAGAGCAAAAUAAGACUGAUAUUAUUAUAGUUUAGAUAUCUUGCAUAAAAUGAUACACAAUUUUUUUUUAAAUAUUUGAUGUAAGUAAAGUAAGUUUUUUUAUUUAUAUAAAUGAAAAAAAAUAAUAGCACACAUAUUAAUACAUAUAAAUAAAGUUUCGAUAAAAAGAAGAACUUUCUUGCACUUGCAUAAGCUCAGAUUUCUAAAAAGUUUUUUUUUUAUAUUUCGUAAUACUUAUAAAGACGACUGAUUAAUUUAACUGAUUGAUAGAUUGAUUUACCUAUUUUAUAAUUUGAUCAUCAUCAAAUAGAAGACUUAUUACUGUUACUAAUUAUUAGAUUAUUAUAAUAUAAACUUAUCUUACUAGUGAGUGUUAUUACAUUUGUCUAGCAAAACAGACAAACAAUGUAGUUAAAAUAACCAUCAUAACUUUACUUACAUUACAUAAACAAAACAUAGACAACAGACUCAAAAACAAAUACACAUGUAACAGUGAGAUUAUAUCUAAGAUACAUUUAGUAUAUGAUGUUCCUACUAUGUGAUGUGUACAAACACUCAAUGUUUAGAAACAAUCUUGAGUGUUUGUGCACAUAAUGUAUGAGAAAAGGUUGCAAAGCACAGCUUUCUGUGGUUAAUUAUUGUAUUACUUAGCCAAGACAAGGCGAUUCGAUAGUCGGUGUCUUAAAUCACAUAACGUUUAAUAAGAACUACAAGAUAAAAUUUAAAAUUUUUAAAAAAUCCCAUAGGUCAUAAAAUUACAACUAUAAUAACGACUUUUACGCCAGAAAUUCUUUCCAUCAUAACAGAAAAGUUUAAGCAGUUAGUUACCUAGAUGAACAAUAGUAGAUUGUUAUACAAGGGGCUAAAAAGACUCAUUAUAUACGAGGUAUUUUUAGGGCCCGAGACGUAGGCGAGGGCCGCCUAAAUAGAAACCGAGUUUAUAAUGGGUUUAGCCCCACGUGUUACACUCUGCUUUUCACUACGAUUGCGAGAAAAUAAAAUAGUUUAGUUCAAUAUUCAAUGAUUUAUUUUAAUUGAAAAUUAAAUGUACAAAGUCUACAAUUUUGGACAUUAAGGGAGAUGCUUUUACCCGGUAACACAUAUGAGUAUGUGAGGUAAACGUGGGAGAUAACAUUUUAAAAAACUCCUUUCGUAAAUGAAUCCAUUCGUUGUUGUUUUCUUGUUUUUUUCUUUUUUCAUUCUUUUCAUUUAUUAAAUUUUUCGUAGGUAAGUAUUUAAGUAAAUGCGUCUGGACUUUGAUGGUAAUAUAUUGAAAAUUUCAUCCAUCUCCAAAUUAGGAUCAAAAUUCUCACUAGAUGAAGACAACAAUAACAAUUAAUGUUGAAAAAUUUGUAAGUUACGGUCACAAAUUUACAAUUAUUUUCUGAAAAAAAAAUCAAGUGUGUAUUAUUCACGCCAAUUGUUUUUUAAAUUCUCGCUUUUUAAUUUAAUUUUUUUCACUUGAGAAAAAGGCAAAGGUAUUACCGUAAAGGAUGUCCCAUGUCUUCAAAUCUCGCUCUAUUCGCAACUCAAUAAAAAUUAAAUAAAAAAUGAACGCAUUCCACAGAAAAGAACGCUGCAUUUCAUUCCAAUUUAAAGUUUUUUAUUUAUUUUUCAUAACAAUCAGGGCCCUACUUAGAAUGAUUCUAUUUUCGAAUAAAACCUCCUUCGUUUUAUAGUAGGCUAGUAUUUGGCUAGUACUCGUAACAGACUAGAAUAAAAAAAACAAAAUUACUUUAGCCUCUAGAGGCUAAAAUGCUUGUUUAGCCCUGCUGUGGAGUGGUAAUAUAACAGUGUUUUUGAGCAAGAGUAGUGAAAAAUUAUUUACUGGCUUUUGGCUUUGAAAUCUCAGUUUUUAUUACAAAGUCCAUGCGUAAAUUGAUCUUUGUGUAAGGUAAUAUUCGUCUAUUACUUUCUCUGUUUUCUGUUUCUUUCAAUGAAUUUUGUUGAUAAAACUCUUUUAUUCUUAUACACUUUUUUCUAUCGAAGACAAUUUGUACAAGUCUUUAAUAAAACUAUUUUUAAAUCUACAA